UUGAUCGAUAUGGUUUGGUGUGUGUGACGAAAUAUACUUAGAUGACAGCGCUUAUACUGACGCGCCUAAGAAUAUUCGUUUAGAAUAAAUGGGCAAGUAGUUCGAAAGUUCGGAAAAAAAUUCAUUAACAUGUUCAUAUAUUUUUUCUUGAAGUGGGAUUUUUGGUGGACUAUUAUAAUUAAAAAUCAAAUUUCGUUAUUACAUGUUAUAUAGAAGAUAAGUACAUCAAAUGUAUGGUAGCUUGUGAAUUCACAGAAGACAAGACGCGUGGGAAGAUUAAAAAAAUUGGAUCUUAAACAUAGACAAACAAAUUAAAAAAAAAAAAGAAUUGAACAUUUCAUAAUAUAAAUCAGAAUGGACGAAUGUAUGCUGAAUGAUUUGUUAGAAUGUUCGGUAUGUCUCGAACGAUUAGAUACAUCGAGCAAAGUACUUCCUUGUCAGCAUACUUUCUGCAAGAAAUGUUUAGAAGAGAUAGUUAAUACUCAUCAUGAGUUGCGCUGCCCUGAAUGUCGCAUUUUAGUUGAUGUUAAAGUGGAUGAUUUACCUCCUAAUGUAUUACUAAUGCGUAUUUUGGAAGGAAUGCGUAAUGCAGCCCCUAAAUCUACAAAAUCUAUAAUUAAAAAUAAUCCAGGAUCUCAAAGACUCUUUGGUGGCCAUCAAAUUACUUCAGCUCCCAUUGUAACUAAUAAUCCUACUCCUACUACAUUCACAAAUGAACCAAUUCGACAUGGUAAUGCAACAGCGAAACAAGUUCAAUUACACAAUCAAACAUAUGGCAGAGCAAUCUAUGAUUAUGUAUCAAAAGUUCCAGGAGAUUUAUCUUUUAAAAAAGGUGACAUUGUCAUUUUACGUAAGAAAAUCGAUAAUAAUUGGUGUUUUGGAGAAAGUGCUAAUAGUCAUGGAGUUUUUCCUUUGUCUUAUGUCCAAAUAAUGACACCAUUGACUCCAGAUGUUCCUCAGUGCAAAGCUUUAUAUGAUUUUAGAAUGACCAAUGAUGAUGAAGAUGGCUGUCUUACAUUCAAUAAAGGAGAAAUUAUUAGUGUUAUUAGAAGAGUUGAUGAAAAUUGGGCAGAAGGAAAACUGUUGGAUAGAAUUGGCAUCUUUCCAUUAGCUUUUGUGGAAUUGAAUAGUGUGGCAAGAGCUUUAAUGAAACUUUCAACAAACACACAACCAGGUCCAUCAAGAGUAGCACCUCCUACUCCUACUAACGAAGAGACUACACCUUUAAUACCAACUGAUCAUUCGCGUAAUUUACAAACAAAUCAAUCACGACCACAACUUAUGCAGAAUACAAUUUUACCAGUUUCUGAUUCAAUUUCAAAUGUAUCAUCAGGAGGUAGUUCUUCAACUACUACUCCAAACACUCCUAAUAGUUCAACUACAUCUAGCAGUUCUAGUACUGCUCCAAGUAGUCCUAGUAGUCCAGCAACAUCUCCUCCUGCAGUUGGAAAUAGACAGAAUGUUAAGCGUCAUAGUUUUACUGCUGUUAAUACUGGUCAUCAAGCUCAUCCACAUCAUAGACAUAGUGCAGAAAUACUUAGUCCUCCAGUAGAUAAUGCUGUUGGUAACAGUAAUGAUUCAUUUUCUUCAUUACAGACAACUACCACUACUGCAGAUCAUAAUCUUCGUCACAGGCGAAGCGGUAGUAGUGAUCUUGCUCUUGCACAAUCAUCACAAACUUUAUCUGCUACAGUCGCAAAUGCUCAUUUACCAGCUGCAUAUAUAGCUCUAUAUCCAUAUAAACCUCAAAAAGCAGAUGAACUUGAAUUAAGAAAAGGAGGCAUUUAUAUGGUAACAGAACGUUGUCAAGAUGGAUGGUUUAAAGGAACUUCUAAUCGUACACAAAAAUGUGGAGUUUUUCCAGGAAAUUAUGUUGCACCUGCUAAAUGUCAGCGAAGUUUAUGUCGAGGAUCACCAAAUACAGGGCAACAUCAAAGCUUUCCAUCUUCAACAAGUCAAAAUAAUACUGAGUCACGAAUAACUGCAACUUAUUCUAAAAAUAAGGAUCCUUCUCAAUCUUAUAAUCCACGCACAUUGUUACCACCAGAAUUACCACCACGUGCUAUUAGUCCAUCUUUUAUAGUAUCAUCAUCUUGGCAUGGUCAAAGUCAAGCGCAAAAUCAAGAAAGUAGUCCUCCACGAUAUAAGGAACAAAAUUCAGCAAAUCCUCUUGGACGUAGUCACAGUGCUGUCAUGUCAUCAAAUAUUUCUUCUCCUGGAAAACAGGUAACUUUACCUCAAUCAUUAAUGACUACAACCACAGUUACUGGUAUCAACAAUAGUGGUACUAUUGUUACUGGUGCUAGUUCUUCCAUCAUAAAUGAAAUGAAUAAAAAUCCAAAUAGUGUUUUGCAUGCUGUAGCUUCUCCUUCUUCCACUGCAGUAGUUUCUGUAUCUAAAAAUAGUGAAAAGCAGAAAGAAAAAAAAGAUAAAUGUGUCUCUUUGAUGCGACGAUUAACGAAUAUCAAGAAAUCAAAAUCACCACCUCCUACUACUUAUUCAAUGGAUAAUCCUGUUUUUGAAGAUGGCAAUUCCAUUAAUCCAGUACAUGUUCGAUCAGGAUCUUGCCCAAGUCAGUUGCUACAGGUGGGAGCUACACAGGAAUUAAAUGCUUCAAACAACUACCAUCGUUUGUGUCCAGGCUCUGUGCAGGGACAUGUCACAUCUUCACAAAGACUUAAAUACAAGGAGAGACCAUCUUUACCGGUCUCAAUUCUUCAAAGAUCUAAUGAAUCAGGUGGAAUGGUAUGUACACCAAUAGGAAAUCAUCACCGUAAAAGUAAUUCAUUAGAUGCUGGUAUGGGCAAACAAGUUAAACAACAACCUACUCGUGAACGAGAACGAGUAUACAGAUUUCGUUGCAUUGUGCCAUAUCCACCUAAUAGCGAAUUUGAACUAGAACUUCGAGUAGGAGAUAUUAUUUAUGUACAUAAAAAACGUGAUGAUGGUUGGUAUAAAGGUACUCAACCAAGAACUGGUCGUACUGGUCUUUUUCCAGCUAGUUUUGUUGAAGCUUUCUGAGAUACAGCACAAAAUCAUUUCAUAUUAGAAACUUGUAUAUAAUUUUGCACAAAUCGAAGGUGAAAUAUUGCACAUCACUUACUUUUCAAGUCUAAUAAUAUAAUUAUUAUUGUGAAGGUAAGUGUAUGAUUUAAAUUGUGAAAUUAUUCAUAAUAUAACGAGCAGUGCAUUAAACACAUAUAUGUAUAUUACAGUAGUAGUAAAUUAUAUAUUCUUGUCGUUAUUACGACAUAAAGAAUUUUUUUAAUUACAUAAUGAAUGAAAUAUAGUAAAAU